GCACAUCAGUAUUGUACAAAAAAUGGCUCCUACUGCAAAAAAUUUAUCGAAGACUUGAACUCCAGCAAAGACACAUGGAGUUUGCAUGCGAAGAUUGUCAGGAAAUGGCCGGUGCCCAGAAAGAUCCCUCCUUAUGCUGUGUGGAAGGUAUCCAUGCUAUUAGUGGAUGAACAGGAAAGUAGGAUUGAAGCAUUUACCACUCAGAAAUCACUAAUUAGACGUAUCAUUGAAGAACUUCGGGAGGGGGUAGUGUAUCAUUUUGAGAACUUUGAAGUGCUCCUUAACAAAGAUGAGUACAAGGUUACAGAUUGUAAAUAUAAGUUAAGCUUUCAUUGUUCAACAUCGAUCGAGGAAAGUGAUCUUUCAAUUCCAUUUGAUGCAUUCAACUUCGUUACAAUCAAGGAUGUUGCUGAGUUUAAUGCCAACAAUGAAGACUUGAUAGAUGUUAUUGGGUUUUUACAAUCAUUUGGAGAUUUGAAGGAUCAUAAAAAAGAAGGGGGUAGUACAAGGAAGCUCAGUUUCACAAUUGCGGAUGAGAAUGAGAGAUCUGUCAAUGUGGUAGUAUUCGGUCAGUGUGCCAAUGAAAUAUUUAGAGCCAAAGGGGAAGACUUACAACCACCUAUUGUUGUGCUCCUUCGUUUUGCAAGAAUCAACAGGGGAAAAGGUUUCGGACAUUUAACUAAUCAGUUUGAGGGGACCAAGGUAGUUUUCAAUCCUGACCUCCCUGAGACCAAGAAACUACUUGACAGUCUUGAAGAUAAUCCAGUUGCAAGUCAAAGUUUAUCCCAGGUAUCAAGCUGUGUCAUUGCAACUGCUACAAAUGAGUCACUCUUAAGUUUCCCUUGCAGGAUUAAUGUAGCUCAGAUAAUGAACUUCACUGAGCCAUGUGAGGUUGUCACUAAGUUGGUCAUUGAGAAGCUUGAAACAGCAUAUGGUUGGAAUUACGAUGGAUGUCCAUGUGAUAAAAAACCAUUCUAUGUCAAUGGGAAACUUAAGUGUAGCGCAUGCAACACAGAAGUCAAGAUGACUGAACCCAAGUUCAAAGUUCAUUACAAAGCAAGGGAUUCCACUGGUAAAUGUUCAAUCAUUUUUUUCAAUCGCUUAGCUUCUCAGUUAUUGAACUGUGUUGCUGCCGACCUCAAGGAUCAAAUGAUUAAGAUGGGCAAGCCUAUGGGAUUUCCUAAAGAGCUGUCCGAUUGCAUAGGGAAGGAAGUCCUGGUCAAACUUAAAAUCAAGGACUUCAACAUCGGUCACCCCAAUAGUAGCAUGGGUGUCUCACAGUUUUCUGAUGAUAUGCACAUAAUCGAAAAGUUCACAUAUAGCGAAUACCAGGAAAAUCCUCCAACUCUAACUGAGGCUUCGCCGGUUGAAUCGAGUGCGUCAAAAUCCUCUCCAAAAAUUGUCCUUGUGGAGGCAGAAGAAGAUGAUGACCUGACUGAUUCACAGAUUGUCACUCCAGAGGACACUAAUGCAAAGAGGAGGAAACUGAGCAAAACCAUCUCCCAAGCAGUUGAUGACGGUGAUGAUCAUGAUAAGGCAUAUCAGAAUAUCUCAUCAGUUGAAAUGCAGAUGAAGGAAUGCCGAUCUCAACAUGAUGGCGCACAGAACAUAAUUCAGGAUCAUUUCUCUAUAAGGUCUAAAGCGGUUUAUGAAACUCCAACGAAACCAAUUUUACCCGACAUUACUAAUUCCCAAACCCUUUACAAAGAAGGAGGCUUUGAGGUUAAUCCAACUUCAUUUGCAAAUCAUGCUCAACCGGAAGACAUUCAAUAUUUCUCAACCAAUGGGGAAAGAGCUUUUUGUCCCAAGAGACGUCGUAUUGAGAAUGUCUCAAGUCUUGCUGAGAAUCUAACCCAUGAGCUUUAUCAUGACACCAGAAGAGAGGAUAUUUCAGCCUCAGAAGGUAUUCAAGGAGAUGACCACUUAUAUGAUUCAUUUAAUAUCAACCUUGAUGGCUAUCUUGAUGAGGGAAAUCCAGAAUUUGAAUGUCAAUAUUGUGGAGCUAUGCUAUGGUUCAAUGAGAGAAUAAAGAGAGCUCCAUCUAAUGAACGGCCAAUUUUUUCAAUAUGUUGCUCCCAUGGUAAAGUGUCUGUACCUCAUUUACAGACUCCUCCUGAACAGCUCCGUAAACUUUUCUUUGACAAAGGUGAUCCAAAAUCCAAAAAGUUCCAAUCAAGCAUUAGAGCAUAUAAUAAUAUGUUCUGCUUCACUUCAAUGGGAGGGAAGAUUAACCAUUCUCUAAACAGUAAUGGUGGGGGACCUUACACCUUUGUCAUAUCUGGACAGAACCACCACUAUAUAGGUAGUUUAUUACCUGAAGAAGGAGCUAAUCCAGUGUACUCUCAAUUAUAUAUUUAUGAUACGGAGCAUGAAAUAGCAAAUCGGCUUUCAGCAAUCAGGCAUGCAUCUAAUAUACUGAAGAGGGAUCGCCAUGCAAAUGUCAAGAUUUGCUUGAUAAGGCAUAUGGGCCCUGACAAUAGAUGUUAUAAUCUUCCAACAUCAUCAGAAGUUGCUGCACUAAUAGUUGGUGAUUUUGACAGAUCAUAUCACAAGAGAGAUAUUGUUGUGGAAAAACAAGGGACGCUCAAACGAAUAGAUGAAUUUCACAGGUCAUACCUACCAUUACAGUACCCACUGUUAUUUCAUUUUGGAAAUAAUGGUUAUGAUCCAAAUAUUAUGCACUCUACUCAAUCUCUCUACCACACAAGGAAGAAGAAAAAAUUGACUAUUAGAAGAAGAGGUGAAACAAAUGCAUCAAUGAUUGGAAGAAGAGUUGUUCUUCCAUCUUCAUUUAUAGGUGGUGCAAGAUACAUGGUGAACAAUUUUCAGGAUGCAAUGGCAAUUUGUAAAUAUGCAGGUUAUCCAGAUAUAUUCUUAACAUUCACUUGUAAUCCUGCUUGGCCGGAAGUAAAGCGUUACUGUACCGAUUAUGAGCUUAAUCAAUCAGAUUGUCCGCAAAUUUUAUCAAGGAUAUUUAAAUUGAAAUUAGAUGCUCUCAUGAAAGUUAUUAGGGAACAAAAAAUAUUCGGCAAGAUUAGGGCAGAAAUAUACACAAUCGAGUUUCAAAAGAGAGGAUUGCCCCAUGCUCAUAUCAUUCUCUUCCUUGAACAUGAUGACAAGCCCAGAACACCAGAAGAUGUGGAUAAAUUAAUAUGUGCAGAAAUACCAGAUAAAGAGUUAGAUCCUGAGUUAUAUGAGCUCGUGGGUAAUUACAUGAUUCAUGGUCCAUGUGGACACUCUAACAAGAAUUCACCUUGCAUGAAAGAUGGAAAAUGCUCGAAGUACUUUCCAAAAAAAUAUGUCGACAAUACAGCUGUUGAUGAAGAAGGGUACCCUACAUACAGGAGGCGCAAAGAUGGAAGGACUAUAGAAAAAAAGGGCAUACCAUUAGAUAAUAGGUUUGUUGUGCCUUACAAUCCACAUUUGCUUAGAUUAUUCCGGGCUCAUAUUAAUGUUGAAAAAACAAACCAGUCAAGAGCAGUCAAAUACCUUUUCAAGUACAUUAGCAAGGGGAAUGACAGAGUUGUUGCAGGGAUUUACAGCAAUCCUGAUACAAGUAGCUCAGAAACUUCAUUCGAUGAGAUAUCACAUUAUCUCAAUUGUAGAUAUGUUUCACCUUGUGAAGCUGCAUGGCGUAUAUUUGCUUUUGACAUUCAUCAUAGAUAUCCUUCUGUCGAGCGUCUAUCCUUUCACUUGCCAGAACAGCAAGUAGUCUACUACUCUGGGAAGUCAUCUGUAUCAUCAUUACUAGACAAGCCAAGGAUGAAAGAAUCGAUGUUCUUAGCCUGGAUGGACUUGAACAAAUCUGGUGGGCUUGCAAAAACAAUGACAUACAUACAGAUUCCACAAUACUAUACUUUUGAUAAGAAUCAGAGAAUAUGGAAACCAAGGCAACGAGGAUUUGCAGUUGGGAGAUUAGCACAUGCAUCACCAACACAGGGAGAGAUCUAUUAUUUGCGGGUUCUCCUCACCAAAGCACGAGGACCUAAAUCGUAUGAGGACAUUAGAACUGUCGAUGGUAUUAUCCAUCCAACUUUUAAAUCUGCAUGUUAUGCCCUUGGUUUGCUCAACGAUGAUCAAGAAUUUAUUGAUGCAAUCAAGGAGGCCUCAAUCUGGGCAUCUAGACAUUACCUCAGAAAAUUCUUUGUUAGUAUGCUACUUUGCAACUGCUUAUCACAACCACUUUUAGUUUGGCAGAAAUCUAAGCAACUUAUUUUUGAAGAUAUGUUGUAUGUUGCCAGACCUCAACAACAACUAUCAGGAAUUAGUAUAACUGAUGAUGAGAAGGAGGAAGUUGCACUGAUUGAAAUUGAAAGAUUACUCAAGAGGAACGGGAAAUCUUUGAGUGAUUUCCCUUCAAUGCCAAAGCCAAAAACAGAUACACAUAUUGAUAUGAGGAACCAUUUAUUAUUGCAGGAGCUGAACUAUGACAGAGACAGCUGUAGAUCUGAAUCAUAUAAGUUAAGAGCUUCCUUAACAGAUGAGCAAUUGAAUAUAUUCAAUGAGAUCUUGAAUGCAAUUGACUCAUCAAAUGAAAAUUUCUUUUUUGUUUAUGGUUUUGGAGGUACUGGGAAGACAUUCUUGUGGAAUGCAUUGACUGCAACUAUUAGGGGAAGAGGUGAAAUAGUGAUAAACGUUGCAUCAAGUGGGAUUGCAGCAACGUUAUUACCAUCAGGCAGGACAGCUCACUCCAGGUUUGCAAUACCAAUAGAUAUAACUGAGGAAUCAAUGUGCAACAUAUCACACAACUCACCAAUGUCUAACCUCAUUAGAAAUACAAAGUUAUUCAUAUGGGAUGAAGCUCCCAUGGUUAGGAGAUAUUGCAUUGAAGCUGUUGAUAGAACAUUUAAAGAUAUCAUGAAGUGUGACCAUCCAUUUGGGGGAAAGUGUGUUGUCAUGGGUGGAGACUUUAGACAAAUAUUGCCGGUUGUUCCAAAAGGAGGCCGUGCUGAUAUUGUUGAUGCAUCAAUCAAUUCAUCUGAACUAUGGAAUCAUUGUAGAAUGUUUCAACUUACGAAAAACAUGCGCCUAUUAUCAAGUGGAGAUCAUGGUGACAAUUUGAAAGUCCAACAAUUCUCAGAGUGGUUGCUUCAAGUUGGUGAAGGUAAAAUAGGACUGCCAAAUGAAGGUGUUACAGAUAUUGAGAUUCCAAGUGAGAUACUAAUCCAAUCAUCUGAUAAUCAUAUUCAAUCCAUUGUGUCUGUUACUUAUCCAAACUUAAAAUACCAUAUCAAUAAUUCUGAAUAUCUGACCAACAGAGCAAUCCUUGCACCAACUAUUGAAGUGGUUGAUCAAAUAAAUGAUCAUGUUUGUUCAAUGCUUGAUGGUGAAUAUGUAGAGUACUUCAGCUCAGAUUCAAUAACUGCUGCUGAUCAAGACGUAGAGUUCCAAGAAUUAUACACUACUGAAUUCUUAAACACCAUCAACUGUUCUGGUCUUCCUCCUCAUAGAUUAGCAUUGAAAGUAGGAUGUCCUGUCAUGCUCAUCAGGAACAUUGAUCAAGCAUCUGGUCUUUGUAAUGGGACAAGACUUCAAACUACUUUCCUUGGUAAACAUUUCAUCAAAGCUAUAGCAUUGAAUGGCACAAGUGUUGGUCAAGAAGUCCUCAUCCAUCGCAUGGAUAUGAAUCCAUCUGAAACUAAGCUUCCAUUCACAAUGGUAAGGAGGCAAUUCCCCCUCAUUAUUUCAUUUGCAAUGACCAUAAAUAAGAGUCAAGGACAAUCAAUGACUAAUGUUGGUUUAUAUCUUCCAAGGCCAGUAUUCUCACAUGGGCAGCUGUAUGUAGCAAUGUCAAGGGUCAGAAGAAUUGAUGGUCUAAAGGUGUUGAUCGUUGAUUCGAAUAAUAAAUCAACCAACAUUACUACCAAUGUUGUAUACAGAGAGAUAUUUCAGAAUGUUCAUUGUCAUUAG